GAUGGUUCCUGACGUCAGCCAGACGUUGUUGGCCUCAGGCUCGGCCGUACGCAGCAAACAGGGACUACUCCACAUAUGACGCCUCCCUCAAACCAGCACACUCACUACUUUUAAGCAUAGCAUUUGCCUCUUGACCACGCAAUUUAUUUCCGUUUCUCUCUCUUUUGCAUAAGGACAAACCUACUUUUCUUCUGGAAAACAGGAAGAAAGUGUAUGCCAUCUAGCGGCAUAAUUAGCUGCAGGGCGGGGAAAGGAUCUCCCUACACGUGAUCUGCCAGCGCGGCAUCUCUCCUUCUGAAGCAUCCAGGAAUCCUGAGACAUUUCUGCAUUCUUUGUUUUGUGUGACAUUAUUUUGAAACAGGGAGAGAGAAAACAAUACCAUUGAUAGUGUCGUCAAAGUUCAAUCGGCCUUCAUUCGUGUCGCCUCAAAUCCGUGGACAUCGUUAUCUGCAUCCCCAGACAUCUCGCAUCCUGGUUCAUGACCCCGCAUCACCACCAUGGCAGCUUCUGAUAGCACCCUUUAUCUUUAUACCUCUCUGACUGCAGGCUCGUCACAUAUUAUCACUGCGACAUCACGACUUGAGACUAUUUUGAAAGCCAACAAAAUCCCCUUCCGGGCCAUUGAUGUUGCCACCGACGAUGCUGCCCGUAGACUCUGGGGGCGGUACUCCAAAGGCCGCAAACUACCAGGUCUGGUCAAGUAUCGCACUAUAAUCGGGGAUCUAGAACAAAUCGAAGAAUGGAAUGAAUACGGGGAACUCAAGAUGGAGAUCGGUGCGGUCACUGACCCGGAUGAUUUCUCUGCCGAUAACAAACCUAGCUCGGAGAAGGCUGAGCCUGUUUUUGCCCCAAAGACUGCACCUCCUGCAGCACCAAUAAACACGACGUCGAGCACCCCCACACCGAAGAGUGCCAGUCCUCAUAUUCAAAUCCAGAACCCCCCAGUAACAGAGACCAAGGAUGACCCACGAACCCUCGCUUUGCGAUUAGCGGGCGAGGAAGCAGCCGCUCGAGCCAAACAGAAUGCGCUCACAAAGCUUGGUACAAAGCCUGCGACAACAGAGGGGGAUGGCAAGGCAGUGCCUGCGUCGAAUCCCAAGGCAAAGGGGACCGAAUCUGCCGAGGACAAGACCAAUCCCGAAGAAUCUCAGCUAAGGGCGUCUAAAGAGGAUUUACCCAAGAAAAUUCCCAGUGCUGCUUCAGCGGCUCUAGACAGAGAGCAGACUUCUUCGCCCUCCACUUCUGCAGAGGGUCGGCGUCGGUCUGUUGCUCCUGAAAUCAUCCCACCCCUCAAACGACCGUCUCUUGCUGACGAGUGCGCUGCUGUGUCUAGCGCAAAUUUCCACGCAGAGAAUGCCGAGGCCUUGGGUCUGAUAGACCACCAUCGUGGGUCCAUAAUUUCGGCUACAACCCAGGACGAGCAAGAUCAGGUUAGAAAGGAUAUUCGGGCAUCGAUUACAGAAGCACCGGACGAUGGUGAUAUCCAAGCGCUGCGAAAGGUAGCUGCGGAGAAGAAAGAUGAAACUAUCGAGGAAGAAGAAGAAGAGAUUGCGGCAGCACAGUCCGACAAGGGAGAAGAAGCGAAGGAUGAAAAAGAAAUAAAAACCGACAAUGCUCCCGAAGCCACGGCUGCCUCCGAGGAAGAGGAGAAGGACACACAGAAGCAGGACCCGAAGGAUGCUACCAAGACUGCUGUUAGUGUUGAAGACUAGUCACGUGCUUGAACCAUUCAUGUGGCCUUUGACUUUUUUUUCUUUGAUGAGGUUUAUGCUUGACGAAAUCAACGAUUCGGCGAAACUUGCGAUACUGAUACCAUGCAGGCUUUUCCAUCCAUACCCUUGUUUUAUUGUCAUCUGCUGCUAUACCGUUGAUUUCAGAUAUGAAUUUGCAUAUCGA